AUGGCCACGACCGAUGCCACCUUGGUUCUGCAGGACCUCCUCAGCCUACCUGCGCCCGACUUCGUCCCACCGGCGACCCUCGCGCAGCUCGUCGCCCUCCACCUCGGCUCGCUCCCUCUCUCGACCCCGCACCUCGCCCUCGUCCCGCUCCUCGUCCGCUACACCCUCCAGAGCCCCGCACUCUGGUCCAGCCUCGACCCGCAACACGCCUGGGACCGCCACCGGCUCGCGUUCGACGCCGCGAGGCAGGGCGUCCUCCUCCGCCUCGACACGCUCGCCCGUCCGCCCUCGACCACGCCCGCCCUCCCGUCCUCGUCGAGCAGCACCGUCAAGGGCAACACCGGCUGGUCGGCCCGUCGCGCCGUCCACACCUUCCUGCGCGAGCUCUACGCGGGCCUGUGGGCCGACCCGACCUCGACCACCACCGGCGACGGCCGCGUCGACCCGCUCGUGCGCCUCACGCUCGCCUCGGGCGUGCUCGCCGCCCUCCAGGAGUGGAAGCGCCGCAAGGAGAAGCUCUGGGUCGGCGGCGCGAGCGCGCUCGACCGCGCAGAGAAGGAGGCCGGGCGGGCGUGGACCGAGUGGAGCGACGCUCGACGACAGCAAGCCGGUCGAGAGCUCGAGGCGUUCCCGGCCUGGCUCGCCGCGCAGACCGUUCCGUUCGUCCGCGUCGAACAGCUCGCCGCCGACUGGAACGCUCCUGUCCUCCUGUCCGGCCUGUCGACUGCCUUCUCAUCCGCCUUCGCCCACGGCACCGCCUUCUCGCACCCGCCUCUCGCCGCCGACCUGAGCUCGACGGCGUCGGGCCUCGAGUGGGCCGUCCCGUCGCCCUCGCACACGCAUCUGUCGGCCCUCGUCCAGCGACCCCUCUUCACCUCGCUCGGCCCGCUCUCGCGCGCGCUCGGCCGCGCCCUCGAGGCGACGGCGCUCACGGCGGCCCAAGCGCGGUCGGACCCGCUCGUCGUCCAAGCGUCCCUGUCGGCCAUCCACAGCCUGUCCGAGUCGCUCCUCGCCGUUGCGACGGCCCUCUCGGCCGCCUGGGCCGCGACGCCCUGGUCCGACCACUCGGACGAGCAGGCCCUCGCGCCCGCCACGCGCGCCCAGACGGCCCCGUGGACGCUCCUCAAGUCGCUCCUGUUCGCCCAGACGCUCGUCUACUCGUCCCUCCUCGAGGUCGUCUCGGCGGCGCCGGGCUCGGAGCCGGGCACGCCGCCGACGGCGCUGCAGCGCACGCUCGCGAGCGAGGCGGUCCAGGCGCUCGCGAGGACGUACUUUGUCGCGCUGCGGUUCGGGCAGGCCGGGUUUGAGGCGUGGAGGGCCGUCCUCGCCGGCUUGGUCGAGGUCGUAGCGGCGCCGACGGUCGGCGCACGAGCCGAGGCGUCGUCGGGCGUCAUGGAGGGCGACGAGGAGGGCGACAGUGCGCCGUCGCCGGCCGAGGAGCUCGUGCGCUCGCUCGAGCCGCAGCGUGUCGGCCCGCACGAGCGAGCGGUCGAGCGUGCGGGUGCCACGUUCUGGCUCAACACGGCCGAGCAGGUCAUGCGCUCGCUCGGCGACGAUUACGUCGAGCGAGUCGUCCUUCGAGGGUGCAGGCCGUACCUCGACGACGCGACCUACCGCGACUCGUUCGAGGCGGCGCACUCGGUCGUGCUCGCCGUCUUCUCAACGACCAAGCGCUGCGCGUGCGACGUCGCCCCCUGGUACAUCGACCUCCUGCUUCGGACCUACCCGUCGCUCCUGUCGCCGACCCAGCUGCGCCUCGCGUACGCGACCGUCGUCGCCGGCGUCACAGCGGCAGGCGACGACGCGCUCGCGUGGUGGUGCGUCGAGGAGCUCCUCGCGCGCAUCGACGCACUGCCGCCCUCGAACUCGAGCGCGACGAGCAUCGCAGCCGAGCAGGCGUCGACGCCGAGGCGCACGGUCGCGCUGCGGGACCUCGCCGAGGACGACGGCCCUACGGCUCGACCCGUCGCCGAGGUCGCCACCGCCGCCGCUACCGCCGCCGACGCUCCGUCUAUCGACGACGACGCGAUGAUCACGCCCGCCGAGCAGCGCGUCCUCGCCCUCCCUCGAGGCGCGCACCUCCUCGUCCUCGUCGCGCUCCUUCCCUCGGUCUCGCUCUCUCUCCUCCCGACGGUCCUCUCGGCGCUCGAGGCGCUCGUGCGACACGAGCCGGUCGGGAGCGAUGCGCGCGAUGCGCUCGUGCACGAGUGCUUUGCCGUGCUCGGGUCGGGCAUGGACGCGGUCAAGAGGGGCGAGGGCGUCAAGUGGUGGUUGGAGAGGGGGAGGGGGUUGCUCGUCGGCGGACCGCUCGAGGAGGAGAAGGACGGGGCUCUUGACGAAGUGCGUCAGGCGACGGCGGAGAAGGAGGAGCAGGAGACGGGUCCGGGCGACGAGGAGGCCAAGCUGUAACGCUGCCGCCGUUCGACCCA